GCAGCUGAUUUUGCCGGUUUAUUUUGUUGCUGCAUUUGAUAAAAACAAUAAUGUUUAGCCUGCGAAAUGUAUUUAAAAAAGGUCUCUCGGCCUGGAAGACUUGCAGCAGGAACAUCUCCGCCCUGUACAUAACCGGCGACAAAGCCAACGAGAACUAUGUUACUCUGCAACCGUAUCUUGACUUCAAGGGAACCUUCAGCGACCGCCAAUCUUUGGAGCAGAGUAUCGCUAGUCGAGGAUUGGACAUCGGAUUGGAAAGUGUGCUCAGCAAGUAUCAAAAAUAUGAGAUGCACCACGCUCAACUGGCCAAGGUGGCGGAGGAGCGAGAGGUGGUGACCAAGCGGCUAAAAGAGCUCACGAAAGCUGGAGGCAGUGCGGAGCAACUCGACGAUCUCAAAGAGCGUGGUAAAUCGUUGCGCAACGAUUUAAAGACCCUAAAACAAAAACUUUAUCCCAUCGAAGAUGACUUUAUACACGACUACUUGCACUUACCUAACAACUUGCAUUUGCAGUGUCCCACUGGCGGACAGGAAAAGCUCCUCUACCGCCACGGCCUGCCCAAAUCGGAAAGGGAGUCAUUCUCCCACUUGUCCCGGCAUGAUCUUAUACACUUUGUGGACAACAACCGAUAUUACAUGAUGGACCAGGCAGCUCACUUCGAUGUCAAUGCCAUGCAAUCCCUAGCCCGCUAUUUCGUCAAACAGGGUGACUUCAUCCAAACCGCCAACCCUGACUUCGUGCGCUGCGUUCUCCUGGAGGCAAACGCUACGCCUUUGACCGACUAUCAUCUGGUGCAGGAGGAACAUCUGCAAAAUAAGAUUAAUACAGCCUACCUAACUGGAGGAGCCGCCUUCGAGAGCUACUUGGGCGCCAUGACCAAGCUGUGUGUGUAUCCUUCCGUUUUGCCCCUGCGAUAUAUCUGCUGUGGUCGGAGUUACAAUCGUGCGGAAACGGAUCUGAAUGGGCCCAUUCCCAGUCUUUAUACGGCGACCCAAACAAAUGCAGUUCAAAGUUUUGUGGCCACUCAAAGGGCCGACGAAGCGGAAUGCGAACAGGAGCAUAUCCUAAAUCUGGCCAUCGACUUUUACAAAACUUUGGACAUACCAUUUCGGAUAGUUUAUGCACCAGCAAAACAGCUUACUCCGGCGGAGAGUCUCCGAGCCGUGAUCGAGGUAUAUGCCCCAUCAUUGCAACGCUACGUUUGCGUGGGGCGGAUCAGCAACUACGGAGACUUUGUCUCCAAGCGAAUACUCUUCAGCACACGACGAGAGAAACACUACGAUUUCCUACAUUUGGUGGGUGGACCAGUGCUCUAUACCUCACGACUGAUAGCAGCGCUCCUGGAGCACGGUUUCCACCUUGAAGACUGCAAAAUGUUGGGUACGGCCAGCGCGAAAACCACUCAGCAGCAGGAUCUGCAGCAGUUCAAGGACCUCUUCAAGUAGAAAGCGAUUUGGUUCAGUUUGUUGUUGUGUGUACUUAGUCUAACAAUAAGUAAAAGUUAAGUAUUACA